GGCACCAUCCAGCUCGUCAGGAGCAGCUGGGGUUAGGUGUCUUGCUCAAGGACACCUCGACACUUGGUCAGGUGGAGCCGGUGAUUGAACCACCAACCUUCCGGUUUGUAGACAACCUACAUGAACCACUGAGCCACUGCCGCCAAAAGAGUCUUAUGCUCACCAAGUCUGGAAGUCUUACUAAAUACUGUGAAAACAGUAAUAUUGUGAAAUGUUUUUGCAAUUGUGUAAAAUAUGGUAAAUACACCAAAAAUUCCAGAUUUGAAUAGAAUAGAAUAGAAUAGAAUAGAAUAGAAUAGAAUAGGCUUUUUUACCUUACCAGUCAACAGUAGAACAGUUAGUCAAGUUCUCUCCCAUAACAUGACAUUUAUACAAUAUCUCCACAAUGUUUUUUUGGUUUCCUUAGGUUGACCCAUGCAAACCUUGUUGACUGUGAAGGACUGUCCUGAAAAGUUGAAAGGGACUUGCAGGGUUACUUCCGUGACUCUAAUGUGUUUAAGAGCUAGCUCUACUUGACACAGUUCAGAACGGAUGGCUCAGCUAAUCGGCAGGACUGUGCACAGCAGGACUGGUCCAAAUCCACUGGCAGAGUGUUAUUCCAGUUCCUCAAUGCUUCAAGUCCCUAUCACACCAUGAUAUGAAAUCUGUUCUUUCACUAAAGAGUUUUGUAUACUGUCUUAAAAAACUGACUUGAUAACCAUUUGCCGUGUCAGGUUUUCAGUUGGGGAUGUCUCAGGUAAAACUGGUUCAUUUCCUCCAAGAGGAUUAUUCUGAGGGCGAUUAGCCUGGCUAACGGCCUUAAUGCUCAAACUAUAGUGAGCAUAUGGGUGUUUGCUAACCACCUGUCUGCCUACUGAGGGGACAUCAGUUGGACAGUCGAAGGCAUAGAGGAAGAAGGCUGGAAUGAUUGGGCUGGAUGUCUAUCUGUAUCCAGACGGUCUUAGGGUUGCUACACCAGACGAUAUAGAGAAGUGGGAAUCUGAGAGAGAAAUGUUUGAACCGAAUGUGCGUCUCUUCGUGGCUCUGUUCUCAUACAACCCUGCGAUGAUGUCACCAAACCCUGAAACAAUGGAGGAGGAACUGCCUUUUGAACAAGGACAGAUCAUUAAAGUAUACGGAGAUAAAGAUGCUGACGGCUUCUAUAGCGGAGAGACGGGUGGUCGCUUCGGUUUUGUGCCGAGCAACAUGGUUUCUGAGAUUCCUGUGGAAGACGGAGAGCUCAAACUUCGUCUGUUUCAGCAGGGGUUUUUACCAGAGGAGACGCCUUCCAUAGCACCCAGCGAAACGUCUAGUGUGCCGGAUGGUGUGAAGGUCCACAGGAUGGUGGCCGUUUUCGAUUAUGACCCAUGGGAAAGUUCUCCAAACAUGGAUAUUGAGGAUGAGCUUCCCUUUCGUGCAGGAGACAUUAUAUAUGUUUUUGGAGAAAUGGACAGUGAUGGAUUUUAUUAUGGAGAUCUCCAUGGUUACCGAGGUCUUGUGCCAUCAAACUUUUUGCAACCCCUGCCUUGGGACUAAAGGAACUGAGCAAUCAGAAAUCAGGAACAGGAGAGUGACCUCAGAUUGUGAAUAGAACCCACUUUACUGAAUUCAACAGCAGCUUUGCUGUUUUUUUGUUGUUGUUUUUUUUAACCAUAAAACGUGUACAUUUCCUGUAAUGUUCAUGACGCAUCAUGGCACUAAAUGCAUUUGACCUUUCUACUACAUAUGCACUAUGCUAAGCAUCAAUUAAAUGCAUAAAAGGAAAUUAAUUUAUGAUUUAUACAAGAGCUUUUGGUAGCAGAUUUAAAAGAAUGAUAAUGGUAAUUUAAGAAUCAUUGUUUUAUAUUGUUUUAUAUUGUUCAAUAUAAUGUCUUUAUAUGAUUUGAGCUAUUUUUGUAACGUCCUUCCUGUAUGCAGCAACUGCACUGGGGUUAAUUUAACAACAGAAUGAUAUGAUUUACACACACAUACGCAGUUCAUUUCUUCAUUUUAUAACUGUUUCAUGAAUUCAAAGAUGCACAGUUAAAGACGAAUGCAUUCAAAAACAUCAUCACAUUACAAUCAGUAUUGAAACACCAUCUUUAUUAAUAUUUAAUAAACAAGACAUUCUGAUUCAGCAUCAUUUGGUUCUCCAUAAGAUCAUCCCUCGCCGCAUACAGUACACUCAUCCAUAAAGUAGGAAACACUACACUGUGUAGAGACGUUUAGUAGUGCUGUCUACUUUAUGAGUGACUGCACUGAUGUUCCCGCCUCUUCUCUUCUCUUCAUGCUCCAAUCCUUUCUUUGCACGCUUCCUCUUACCUCCAUGUGCUCCGAAUGUUCACUUUACAGCACUUUGUUAAACCUAAAAUGAAAAUUAGAUUGAUAUGUUGUGAUUAAAGAAGUCGGGUCAUGUUUUAUUAUGGUUGGAUGUUCGGCUGCAUCAGCUUUAAUUGUUCAUAGUGAGUCACUGCACUAAACUUCAUGAGGAAGUUUAGAAUCAUGAUUUUCUGCUAGCGCUGUUUUAAAAUUUUUUAUAUUACAUGUAUAAUUAACUAAAUUAUAUAAAAAAAAGAAAAAAAAAUGUAUAAUGCCUCCACUUUUGCUGCUUUGUAUAAAAAAAUGUAUGUGAAAUGCAUUGAAUGUGAACUAUUGGAAUUCGCUAUUAAAGCUUGAUCUAGUAAAAGAAAAAAGGGGGUUGAUGUUUUAAUUGAAAUAAAUUGACUGUAUUCACUUUUUUACACUUAAUUUCAAUUAGUAAGUUCUAGCAAAUUCACCUAAUUACAUUCACUUACUUCAAGUAGUUUACCAUUUAACCAAGUUGACAAAUCCAGUAAUUGAAAAUAGUCACAUUUAUCCAGUAUUUUAGAUUAAACAGA